AUGUUUUCCUUUCAACUCUUGUUCGCUUCCACUGUGGCGGCCCGGGUUAUGCACAAUCUUCCCGGCGUGCCCGAUGGAUGGAGCUUUGUGCGCGAUGCCCGCCCGACUGACCGUGCCGCGUUCAAGAUCGCUCUACGACAGCAGCAUGCGGAGGAACUCGAAUAUCUUGUGCUCAACGUGUCUACCCCAAGCCACCCUGAUUACGGAAGGCACCUGACUCGUGACGCCCUACGUGCCUACACAGCGCCGGCCGCGGAUAGUAUCGCCGGUGUCACUGCCUGGCUGAGCGACUUUGGCAUUACGCCCACCAUCGACAACGAUUGGGUUAUCGUUAAGACCACUGCCAGCCAAGCUGGUGCUCUUCUUGACGCUAAAUUCGCCUGGUACCAACAUGAAGACGGCGGCAGCCCAAAACUGCGAACGCUGCAGUACAGCGUCCCCGAUAACCUUAUCGCGCACGUCGAUAUGGUCCAGCCUACAACGCGGUUUGGUCAACUCGCGGCGCGUCGGUCGACGAUCUUCGAUCUUCAUCCGGCUUCCAAGGACGAGGUCGCCGACAUUGCGUCCACUGCUGAUGCAUUGGCGUGCGACUUUCGUAUAUCGCCUGCCUGUUUAAAGUCCUUGUACGGCGUUAACUACACUGUGACUGACACUACUUCUGACCGUGUUGCAUUUGCCUCUUUCCUUCAGGAAUAUGCUCGCUACAAGGAUCUCGCACUCUUUGAGUCGAAAUUUGUUCCUAGUGCUAUCGGCCAAAAUUUCUCGGUCGAGCGUAUAAAUGGCGGCCUGGAUAACCAGACUUGGACUGGUGAUAGCGGUGAGGCAAAUCUGGACGUACAGUACAUUCUUGGCAUUAGCUCGCCUAUUCCGAUCACAGAGUAUAGUACAGGCGGUCUCGGACCGCUUGUUCCGAGUGCUGAUGAGCCUACUGUGCCUGGAGACAACGAGCCGUAUCUUGAGUUUCUGGCAUAUAUCCUGGCUCUAGACGACGACAAGCUACCACAAACGCUGUCUACAUCGUAUGGCGAAGAAGAACAAUCGGUUCCGCCAGAAUUUGCCAUCAAAGUAUGCAACCUCUUCAUGCAACUAGGUGCAAGAGGCGUUAGCGUGCUAUUCAGCUCGGGUGAUACUGGUCCUGGAAAAACCUGUGUACGCACCGCCGACAACAAGCCAUAUCUGCAGCCCACAUUCCCAGCCGGUUGCCCUUACGUCACUGCCGUCGGAGCCACCUUUCAGCAGAAUCCCGAGAUCGCUGUCUAUUUUAGCUCUGGGGGUUUUAGCACACUACAUCCUCGUCCAGUCUGGCAAGAUUGCGCUGUCAAGAAAUACUUGCGCACCAUUGGCGACACCUACUCGGACUUCUUCAACGCAAGUGGCCGUGGCAUUCCCGAUGUGGCUGCACAGGGCAAUGAUUUCUAUGUCUACAAUAAGGGCAGCCUUGCUCUUGAAUCUGGCACAAGUGCUUCUGCGCCCGUCUUUUCGGGUGUGGUUGCGCUGCUUAAUGCUGCACGCCGUUCGGCCGGUCUACCACCGAUGGGCUUCUUAAACCCUUGGUUGUACCUUAACAGAGAUGCUCUGACUGAUAUUACUGGCGGUUCCGGUAUUGGCUGCAAAAACAAGACGUACUUUGCGUCCCCGGUAUACUGGAACGCCACUGUGGGCUGGGAUCCAGUUACCGGGCUGGGAACGCCAAAUUUUCCAGCUCUCCUCGCUGCUGCUGCUCCCGGUGUCGAAAACGCUUAG